AUGAAGUAUGGAAAACUGCCUUGUAACAGGUUGCGCCCCUCUGUCUUCUCCCUUUCUUAUAUCAAGAGGGGAAAAACACGGAACUACCUCUACCCGAUCUGGUCACCAUACGCCUAUUACCUUUACUGUUACAAAUACCGGAUCACCCUCCGGGAGAAGAUGCUGCCUUGUUAUAAGAGCAUCAUAUAUAAGGAACGGGAGGACUUGACACUCCGGCCCCGUUCCUGCCUUCAGUGCUCCGAGUCUCCAGCAGGCCUCCAGGUGGUCAGAUGCACCGAGCAGGGUGACCACGACCAGCUUAAAGAAUUAUACUCGGCUGGGAACCUGACGGUGCUGGCUACUGACCCCCUGCUCCACCAAGACCCAGUACAAUUAGACUUCCACUUCCGCCUCACACCCCAGACCUCUGCCCAUUGGCACGGCCUUCUCUGUGACCAUCGACUCUUCCUGGAUAUCCCAUAUCGGGCCUUGGAUCAAGGCAACCGUGAAAGUUUGACUGCAACACUGGAGUAUGUGGAAGAGAAGACCAAUGUGGACUCGGUGUUUGUAAGCUUCAAGAACAACCGGAAUGACAGAGGUGCCCUAAUUCGGGCCUUCAGCUACAUGGGCUUUCAAGUGGUCAGACCAGAUCACCCUGCCCUCCCUCCCUGGGACAAUGUCAUCUUUAUGGUGUAUGCCCUUGAAAGGGAACUAGGCCACCUGCCCAGUGAGCCUCCCUGAACAUGCCUGUUCCUACUGAGGGCUGGGAGCCUUGAUAAAUGGGACCCAGGAUGUGACUCAGGACACGUUCCAUCUUAGGAAUAAAGGGUAGUGCAAUCUGCAA